UUCCGCUUCCUAGUCGGCAGCGGAGGCGGGAGAGCGGGGGGGGACGGACCGAAGCGCGAGACGGCCAAUCAGAGGAAGGCGGGCGGCAGCGGAGGCCAAUCAGCGCGCGGCGCGCCGACCGCGAAUGGGAGGGCGGGGCUUCUGGUUUCCGUUAGGUUUUUCGAACGGCGGCAGGGGCUGGGCGGGGGGGAGCGGCGCGUGCAGCGCUGCUCCUCUCACAGUCUCUGGGGCCCCUCAGCCCCCCGGGGGACCCCCAUGGCGGCGGCGGAGGAGGAGGAGAGCAGCGGGCUGCGCGCCGAGGUGCUGCGGCUGACGGCGGAGCUGCAGGAGGCCACGCGGGCCCAGGAGCAGGCGGCCCGCUGCGGGCUGGCCCUGCUGGAGGAGAACGGCGAGCUGCGCCAGCGCUGCCGGGAUCUCGAGGGGCAGCUGGAGGCCCUGCGCGUGGAGCUGGCCUGUGCCACUGAGGCCCUGGCAGAGGCCCAGAGCGGCCAGAAGCGGGCGGUGGCCGCCAGCGAGAGCCGGGAGGAGGCCCUGGUGCAGGAGGCCGCAGCCAAAGAGGCCCAGCUGGGCGCCCGCCUGGAGGAGCAGCGGGGGGACCUGCGGCAGCUCCAGGGUCAGCUCCGCGACGCCCAGGCGGAGAACGAGCGCUUGGCUGCGGCCUUGCAGGACCUGCGGCAGGAGCGCCAGGCGCUGUCGGGCGAGCGCGCCCAGCUGCGGGACGCGCUGCGGCAGCACCGGGAAGCGGAGCCCCAGCGGCAGCAGGAGCGCCGCGACCUGGAGGAGGAGAUCGCCUCCCUCCAGAAGCAGGUCUGCCUGCUCGCGAGCAGCCAGGCGGAGCUGGAGGCGCUGCGGCAGGAGGGCCAGCAGCGCGCGGAGGAGCUGGCGCAGGCCGGGGCCCGGCUGGCCGAGCAGGAGCGGCUCCGGGCGCAGGCGGAGCGGCGCCUCGAGGAGGCCCUGGGGGCGCUGGCGGCCGAGCGGGAGCGGCGCCGGGAGCAGGCGGCCGCUGGCCCGGGGGGCCCCGAUGGGGAGGGCGACGGCACCAACGCCGCCCCGGUGCCCGGCGACUCACCCGGCCCCGCGCCGGGCCUCGUCGCGGACCUCUUCAGCGAGAUGAGCCUCUCCGAGAUCCACCGGCUGCGGGAGCAGCUCCUCCAGGCGGAGCAGGAGGCCGCGGGGGCCCGGGAGGAGCUGGCUGAGGCCCGGAGGGCCCUGGGGGCUGGCUCCGCCCCUGGCCCCGCCCCCUGCCCCGACCCCGCCCACCAGGCGCUGACCCGGGAGGUCGCCGCCCUCUGCGCUGCCCUGGGGGCCAGCCGGCAGGCGGCGGGGACGGCGCUGUGCCAGCUGCGGGGCCGCCUGGCAGGGCAGCAGGCCGCGGCGGCGGCAGCGCUGCAGGGGCUGCGCCAGGAGCUGGCGGGGCUGCGGGAGGAGGCGGCCGCCCUGGCCGCCCGCCGCGCCGCGCUGGACGCCAGGUGCGAGGAGGCGGGGGCCCGGGCGGCCGAGGCGGAGCGGCGCCUGGCGGAGGCGUGCGCGGAGAAGCGGGCGCUGGGGGCCCUCCUGCGCCAGGCCCUGCGCCGGCAGCGGGGCCUCGCCCGGCGCCUCCGGGGGGACACGGGGCCCGGCCUGGCCCCCCCCGGGCCGCUGGCCUGAGGGCACUGGGAGCACUGGCAGCACUGCCCCUCCCAAACUGGUCUCACUGGGACCCCAAUAAACGCUCCUGCUGCACCACCGCCGCCUCCUUCCCUCCCCCCGCCCCGGACGCCUGGGUCCC